AUGGAGAAAGCUAUCGCCCACUUUAAGAGAGCCCAUCCGACACGGAUUAAUUUGGUGCGCAUUAUAGUUGUCGACAAAGAUCUGAACGAAAUUCGUGUCCUUGAAGCUCACUUCCCAGAGGCCCGCAUCUUGAUCUGUCACUUCCAUGUUAUCAAGUAUCUGAAGGAAAUGCGAUCGAAAUCUGAUUUUGGGAAGAUUUCUGCUGACGACGCGAGCCAAGUCGACGCAGCAAUCCACAAAAUGGUGUAUGCUGCUUCGGAAGAAGACUACAAGGCUACGCACAAAACACUGAAGGGCUUGUGUGAAAGAAUCGGUCUGACGGGGUUUUUCGAGUACUUCGAGAAAAAUUGGGAUUCAUGCCAAGAUCGUUGGGUGAUGUAUCGACGCGCAGAUCUGCCACACUUUAACAACCAUACCAAUAAUCGCCUUGAAAGCUUUUAUGGAAAGUUCAAGGAUGGAGUAGACAGCUCCCUGAGUAUGUCUAUGUGCGUGAAAGCUUUGGUCGCGUAUGACCGUCGAAUGCAGAACGAAUAUCGGUAUCGGCUAUCUCGAAUUGGCCAGUUCGUGAACAGCAACUAUGACGAAGAGAUGUCCAAUGUGCUUCGCUUUACUACCCACUAUGUAGCCAAGCAGAUUGAACAGCAGUACGCUCGUGCAUUGGACAAUGUUUCAAAUUACACGUUUCGUAAAGAUCACGGCGACCCGAGUCUAGUUGUCGUGUACGGCACCUCUUCUGAGUUUAGGCUUAGAACGGACGAGUGGAGAUGUGAUUGUGGGUUCUCGUUAUCAAUGCGCCUUCCGUGUCGCCACACUAUUGCGUAUCGCAAGAGCGAAAAUUUAGCUGGCCCGCUAAUUCCCUGGAGCCGUAUCGACAAGAGGGCCACACAUCUGAUCGCAACUGAGAUGGCAGAUAUUGAUGAUGAAAGCGAGUUUGAGGAGAUGCUGCAGUUCGUGCUAAACCAAUGGCGCAACGUACGCCAGCGUAAAAUCGCCGGUUUUGAGCAAUUGUGCGUUGAUGCGGUUUCCAGUCAUCACGUUCACCACCACCAAAACGCAAUAGAUGAGGAUGCGGAAGCCAAACGCGAAUUCGAAAUUAGUUCAAGCGAAGAAUCCGAUCAGUGUCUAGAAGUGGAGAAUAGGUCAUCGAGUUGUGAUGUGACUGGAUUUAGCUCUGUGCACGUACGACUUAAUCCCAAGGCCAGGAAGGUAGGGGCGCCACGAAAACUAAAAUCCACAACGGCUGCUGGAGCGAAACGUGAUCGAAAAUGGUUCGAAGCCGCUGAAGCGGGGCGUAAGUGUGCAGGAGAAGUUACAUUAGUGGGGUUGCUGUCUGCGCUGGAUCGUGAGCGCCCAACUCUUGUAGAAACUCAGCGGCUCAAUGCAUUUGGGGUAGACGUCGUGCUGCUGCCGUUGAAUUUUCCGAAGGCACACUGGUGCUGUGUGAUUAUCAAGGUGACGGAGAAGUGUAUACUUUACUACGACCCGCUGAACCAAGUUUCUUUCAUGAAUACAGCGAAAGCUGUUGCCACGCAGCUGAAAAUUCGAGGCCUGCAAGAUUACACUGUCCUCGCUCAGUGUAGGCCAAUCCAAUUUGACACGUUUAGCUGUGGUGUAUACGUCUGCUGGAUGUUUAUCCACCAGGUCGUCGGUGGGAGACAACUGGACAUGAGCAACACCUCUCUGACAAGACGCCGAUUCGAGUUGUUCUACUAUUUGCUAUCCGGUCAACUUCUACCUCUGCAGGAUUUAAUGAUACCGGAUCGCAUGGAACACGACGACACCGAGGAAAAGCUACCCCCACCGUCCGAACAUGCCUACAUCGAUGACGAGGAACUUCAGCCGUCAGAGCUCGCGCAAAAGUUAGUGCCAUGA